CAGACAAGACAGACAGACGCAAAACGAGAGACCUACUUUUUCUUACUCUAGGAAUCAAGAAACAAAAAGCACGAAAAUAGCCACUCGCUCAAUUCGAUUACAUUUCCUCGUCACUCUACGCUCGUACGUACUAAACCAAUAAACAAACAACUUCGUUAUCUGAAUCGUCGGUGUUAUCUCUAAACCGUACGCAUGUGUGACUUUUAAUUCAAAACUUCACUGCAUAAAAAUAGACCACUUUACGUCCAAACGUCGCGCUUCGCCGGUCACAAUGUCGCAACCCGAAAACACCGCCGCAAAAACCGUCACCACAGUGCGCCAAACUUUCAACAAAGGCACCACCAAAGACCUAAACCACCGAAAAACCGCCCUCACAAACCUCGUCAAUUUUUUCAAAGACCACGAACAGGCCAUCAUCGACUCGAUUUUCGCCGACUCGCGAAGACACAAAGAAGAAGCAAGGUUCGAACUAUUCACGGCUGUGGGUCACUUCAGACACGUCGUCGACAAUUUCGCGACGUGGGCGAAACCGGAAAAAGCCUCAAAACGACUGGUGGAUUUUUUCGAUGGGUUAUGGGUGUACAACGAGCCAUACGGCGUCGUUUUAUUGAUGACUUGCUGGAAUAUGCCCAUUUUGACUUUAAUCCCGAUCGCAGGGGCUAUAGCUGCUGGUAAUUGCGUCGUGGUCAAACCGUCACACAAUGGACCGAAUUUUGGCAGGCUUUUGGCCACUGUUUUACCCAAGUAUUUGGAUCCUGAGUGCUAUCCAGUGUUUUGGGGGAAGCAUGACGAUGUGGGUGAACUUUUGGAACAACGAUUUGAUUAUAUUUAUUUCACGGGGUCGCCUUCAGUGGGACGAAUUAUCCACAGGGCUGCCAAUAGACAUCUUACCCCGACUACGUUACAGUUGGGGGGCAAAAACCCAGUUUUUAUCGAUUCUAGUGCCGAUUUGGAGCAAGCAGCGGCUCGAAUAAUCUGGGGCAAGUGUUUAAACUCGGGGCAAGUUUGCUCAGCUCCGGAUUACGUCCUCUGUUCAAAACUGGUUAGAGAAGGGUUCAUAAAACACGCAAAACUCGCAAUUAGACGUUUUUUCCCCGACUCUGAGUAUUGUCCAAUCGUCAACCACCACCACUUCCACCGACUGUCGAAAUUUCUCCAAGGUCUCGACGUUGAAGUCGGAGGUGGGGUGGACAAUUCCGACCUAACCAUCCAACCAACCAUCGCAAUUAACGUAUCCCCGGACCACCCCAUCAUGGAAGAGGAGAUCUUCGGUCCCAUUUUACCAAUCGUCACCAUCGACAACAUGGAAGAAGCCGUUGACUUCAUCAACAAACGCGAAAAACCGUUAGUCGUCUACGUCUUCGCCAAGGAGACUUCGGUCAAGGACUUUUUCAUCGACAAGACUUCCUCUGGGGCUGUUACCAUCAACGACACUCUAGUGCACGUGAUCACGAAGAGUUUGCCCUUCGGUGGAGUCGGUUCUAGUGGAAUGGGGCGCUACAAAGGGAAAUACGUAACUGAGACCUUCGUCAACAAGAAGAGCGUCCUGGAUAAGAACACCUCCAGGUUGUUGGAAAAUUUCAACGAGUUGAGAUAUCCCCCUCUGACUAGACGCAAAAAUGAUCUGGCGAGGUUUUUCCUAGACUAUAGGUGGGGACCGUCGAGCAGCUCGAUUCUACAUACGACGAUUUUUGUGCUAGGAUUAGGUGCAGGUUUUGUGCUUUUUUAUAUCGCGUUUGUGUUAAAUCCAAGGUUUUAUCAAUAAAUAAAAGUUAUACGUAGUAGCA